GUAUUCGAACACAGCUAUAGUUUUGUUUUUUAAAGUGUAUUUACUUACUUGAAUAGGUUCUCCCAGCAGCAAUGUGGACGAUUGGAAACAGGGCAGCAAAGUUUGUCACCAGACCGGUUUAGAGCAUAUUACUAUUUACCUGUUUAUAAAUUCAUGAAAUGGAGAAUGGAUGAAACUAUUUACCCAUUUAAUAACCAGCUCUUAAUACAAACUUACUCUGCUGAAUUCUUGACGCACAACCGAACUGCUGCUAUAUGCUGCCAGCAUGCCCACAAGCGAGCCACUCUGGGCGGCCGAAGCGGCUAGUGUACACAGGCCAUAACAAAUAUCAUUUUCAUUUGAUGCACGUUAAAGCUCACUUUGCACUAUACACAUGGCGAUACACAUAAUAUAUAAAAUGACGACGCGACACAUAGUUCGUUUCUUAUAUCCCAUACAUAACUUUAUUGCAGAAAUACAGUUUGACAUUUGCUAUCAUUGUUUUCUAUGUUGAGUGCACGCAUCAUAGUUUACGUGGUAACAGUCAUUGAUGUAAUUUAACUCAAUCAUCUAACUUCAUAAUUUAACCAUCAUCAUUCUCAAGUAAAUAGUCACAGUUCAAUGUAAUGUCUUGUUUACCUCCGUGCCUCAGCAGUGUUCUGAUAAAGGACUUCCGACCUGAAUCCCAGGGUUAAAAUAAGGUUCCGGAAGGGCGUUGGGAAAUGCCCACCCUCUGUUCACCCCGGGGGAACUAUUUUUCCCUUUGACGAGUUUAAAAUAGCGAAGUACAGUUAUACAUUAAUAUUGUGUACUGGUAUUGCUAAAAUAAUACUUGUAUUUAACGUUAUAUUAUUAUUGUCUAAAUGUAAAACUUGAUGGUUUGCAGAUUCCACUUGGAGCUGGCCACUCCCCUUAUAGUCUCCGUGGAACGUCCCUUCAACAGUAUGGAGAAGAGCCAGUAUGGACCCCCCCAGGAUGUGUCGGCUCUCCCCUACCCCGGCCCCCCAGUGGGCUACCAGGGAAAUGGCGGGGGAACUGCCUACCCCCCUCAGCCUGGCUUCCAGGGAGGUCCCCAACCCAGCAUGUACCCACCACCUCCCCAGUACAGCAUGGGCAUGGCACAACCUACAAAUGCCCCCGGCGGUCCCCAACCCGGCAUGCACCCACCACAUCCCCAGUACGGCAUGGGCAUGGCACAACCUACAAAUGCCCCCGGCAUAACCCAGGUGGUGGUGAUGCAGCAGCAGCUGCCUAGAGACGUGCCCGGCCAGAUGACGUGUCCCCAGUGUCAGGUCCAGGUUCUGACAGAGACCACACACACCACUGGACUGCUCACCUGGGUCAUCUGUGGAUCACUCGGCCUUUUGCUGAUCUGGCCAUGCUGUUUGAUUCCGUUCUGUGUUGACUCCUGUAAGGACGUAGAGCACCGCUGCCCCAACUGCAAGAGGGUGAUCCACAUCCACAGACGUAUGUGAACAGACCUAGACCAGACACCUGCCACAAAGUGAUCCACAUCCACAACGAGGCCAUCCCAGGCCCACAGACACUGCUGCCACAAAGUGAUCCUUACCUUUAUCAAUCUAUCCCAGUACACCAGUAGUAGGUCCAGGAAGGCUUUCACUACCUGAGUAAUGGUGACUCAUAUUUCCAACCAUAACACACACUUGUGAAGCAACGUGCUCCUAAUGAAAAUAGAAAUGGCUGUGGUGAGGAGUCACAGUAUAAAGACAAUAGGCAUCCGUUGCUGAAAUGACUACUGGAAGACCAGCUUAACAUCUACUGGUGUCAAUGUGUACAAGCUAAGGCCACUUCUAGAAUACAUUUUACACUGAUUGUAAUGUAUGUUUUUAUUUUUUUAUUUUGUAAAUCUUCAUGUUAUACAGAAAGUAUGAUUAUUUUUCUAUUGAAGUUUGUAUCGAUUAUUAUUAUUUAUUUAUUUUAAAGGGCCAAUCCACAGUUGAAACAAUAAAAAAAGCUGACUCCCUGCCUCUGUUUUUGUAAAAAAGCUGCGGGAUGGGGCUGGAGAAAUGUAACCAUUCUCAAAGACAGAGCUAUGCAUGCAAGGACUAACCAUCCAAAAUUAUAGUUUUAACCAUGGUUUGAGGCUAUAGAGUGUUUGUUUACAUUUACAAACAUUUACAAUGUUUACAAACAUUGGAGCAAAACAAGCUUAGAUUUUGGGGUCUGAUGGGGUACGACAGUUGAACUAAGCUCAUGAGGCAUUUAUAAGUUAUAUUCUUCCAGAUUCAAUGGGUAUGUAUCAUCAAUUUAGAAGUCCAAUAAUGGAUGUAGCAACUGCGGAUUGCCCCUUUAAUUGAUGAAUAAUAAUUGUUUUUAAUCAUGUCAAUAAUAACUUUGACUUUUGAGAUGAUAGUGGCCUUUGUGUUUUUUUCAGAAACACACACACUUUUCAAAAAUAAAAUAAAUGUAAUCACCUGAAAAUAG